CCCCGGCGUGCUCCGCCGCCGGCCCCGGGGUCGGGCCGGGCGGGAGCGGCGCGGCAUGGCGCUGCGCGGCUGCCUGCGGGCCGGCGGGGGGCUGCUGCGCGCCGCGGGGCCGCGGGGGCCGCCCGCCCGCGGGGGCUGCGCCGGGGGCCGGCCGCCGACCUUUGGGUUCCUCUUCGACGUGGACGGGGUGCUGGUGCGGGGCAGCCAGGCGGUGCCCGCCGCCCGCCAGGCCUUCCAGAGGCUGGCGGACAGCAGCGGGCGGCUGCGGGUGCCCGUCGUCUUCCUGACCAACGCCGGCAACUGCCUGAGGUCGGCCAAGGCCCACGAGCUGACCCAGGCCCUGGGGCUGCAGGUGUCUCCAGAACAGGUGAUCCUGUCCCACAGCCCCCUGCGCCUCUUCAGCCAGUUCCACCAGAAGUGCAUGCUGGUAGCCGGGCAGGGGCCCGUGGAGGAGAAUGCCCAGAACCUGGGGUUCAAGCAUGUGGUCACCAUAGAGGCACUGAGGAAGGCAUAUCCCCUCUUAGACAUGGUAGAUCAGAGCCGGCGGCCAAAAGAACUGCCUCCUCCAACCACUGGCUUUCCCACUAUAGAAGGGGUGAUUCUGUUUGGUGAGCCAGUGAGGUGGGAAACAAGCCUGCAACUUAUUACUGAUGUACUCUUGAGCAACGGGAACCCUGGGGCAGAGCUGCGAGAUAUACCAUACCCCCAUCUGCCUGUCCUUGCCUGCAACAUGGAUCUCCUGUGGAUGGCUGAAGCCAAGAUGCCCAGGUUUGGCCAUGGCACUUUCCUUCUCUGCUUGGAGAACAUCUACAAGAAAGUAACAGGCCGGGAACUGAAGUAUGAAGCCUUGAUUGGCAAACCCAGCACAGUCACCUACCGCUAUGCCGAAUACUUGAUACAACAGCAGGCAGAGAAACAGGGCUGGAAGUCUCCCAUCCGACGCCUCUAUGCAGUUGGGGAUAACCCUAUGUCCGAUAUCUAUGGGGCAAACCUGUACAACAACUACCUCAAGUCAGCUCACCAGAACCAGGUCCAGGCUGGGGUGAAGAGGAGCCCGCAGGCAGCCAGUCCCCAAACUGAGGAUCUCGAGCUGAGGAAGGAAUGCAACAAUUCAGUGGAGAGUUGUGAGUCGAUUCUGGUGUGCACUGGGGUCUACCGCCACAAUGCAGAUGUUCCCAGUAAAACGGAGGAGUGCAUGACGGAAACAGUGUUCCACGGCCAUCGGGACUUCUGCUUUGACCCCAGCCUGGUGGAGGCAUCUUACAUAGUGCAGGAUGUGAAUGAUGCUGUGCAGCUUGCUUUCAAGAAAGAGAACUGGAGCUAGGGUUAGGACAUGUGUGCCUAAAGAUCUACUAUUAGGGAUUUUAUGUACUGGGAAGGGAAGAGGGGAGGAACGGGGAGAGACCUGGGGUGAUCUGAUCUAGCCAACAUGAAAAAAAGUUCCCCGUCCCAGUACAAAAAUCCCCUUGCUUUUAUUGAUAACUUAUCUGCAAUCCUGACAAGCUGCCAGCAGGCUCUCAACUGUGAAGUAUGUUGAUGCCAUCAAUAAUUGAACCAUAAUGGAAACAGGGUAUAAGGAGACGGCUUGUCCCAGCAGUCUCAGUUUUGUUCAGCCAUCAGAGUUCUUUCUUUUCCACCCUUUGUGUGUGAAAAUCAGGCAAGCCCACCUUCCUGUUCGUAAUGUGCUCUUCCCUGUGCAAGGAGUCACCAUCAGCCAACAUGCCAUUCAUCCAGUGUACUAUUCAUCCAGCCUGUGACAUGAGCACACCAGAAACUGUGUUGUGGUGGCACUGUGCCAAGGGAAGGCUUUAAGUCUUAACAGCCUCCUUGUGAAGAAUAAGUGCCUAUGGACUAUAACAAAUUCUGUUUGCUUGGGGAUUUGCCACUGCAUCACUGUCAGUCUGAAACAAAGUCCCAUUUUGCAGUCCUCCGGCAGCUAUAGAGAGGCAGGGCCCCUCAAAGGAAGCUGCAGUAGCCAAAGCAACUCACUGCAGGGCUGAGGGGAAAGUUACAUUGUUCCCUCCCCCCUGUUUAGUAUUCUCUGAACACUUCUGGCUUUUCGCAUCCUGCUAGGGAGCCAGCAGCCUGUGCUCAGUAUCGGAGGAAACCACCAUGGAGUCUGAAUUUCCAGAGCUGUCUUUGUCCAGAACUCAAUGCUGCAGCAAGAUGCUGUUUUGGCACCCACCCUGACCCCAGCUUUUGCAAGGAACAUCCUCCUGCUCCAGCUGGCACAGCUUCCAAAGAGGGGCCCCCAUCUGGAACUCAGGCCAACGAGAAAGUCACAGCACACCUUUGCUCCUUCCUUGCAUGCAAGGAUUGAAAGAGGAGAUCAUCAAGCCAGGAUGGUACUUGAGUCCCAAAUCCCCAGUCUUCAUCUUUAAGAAUACAAAUGUCUCUGUCCUUCACUUCCUUUCUUGCUCUCUUCCCUCUUGUGGUUUGCAGCUCAGGGAUACCCCAUACAGUCUGAUCAGUAUUCCCUCCUCUUCCUUUAACAUGCAGGUAGAGUCCCCCUAACAUGAAGCAGCAGCUGGGACUUGUCUGCCCAGGAACAUUUCCAUAUCCUUAGUGACAUGCACCUUCUGUUGCCCUGUUCUCCCUAGUUGGGGCUAUGCAGGGAAAUAUCAAGACCUGUGUCUCCUUAGACAGUCCAAAGAAGCUAAACAAGCAUUGCCUGAGAAACUACAUGUGAAAGAUUGGCUCAGCAAGGAGUAUGUUAAUUCCAGAGAAGCACCGUGAUUUUGGAAGCAUAAAUCUGAUUAUUUGAUGGAGAGCCUUUGGAGCCAACACAGCUUGAGUUGGUGUUCCUAAUUAUACUCAGCUCACACCACAGUGAGAGAUCAGAAAUAGGUCUACUCUGCCUCCUUUCCUUCCUGCUUUACCAGGCAGCUCCACACACAGGGUACAAACAAGAUGUUCUGCACAGAAGUUUGAGUUGUUCUUAAUUCAUAUCUCAGCAUAUAUGUGGACUGACAUUCUGCUUCAGCAGCUUUCCAUCCUCUCCACACUGAUGCAUCUUCCUAGGAAGGGCACACUGAAGAACAGGCUCUGUUCUUACAUUAUGCCAGGCUCACUGUCUGAAGGGGACUUGGUGCCGUAUCAAUGACCCAGGCAAUGAGGUCCUUCUCUGUGGCUUCUUUAUACCUUAUUUUCUGAAUAGGAGCAGAAAAAUACCUCUUUGAGUAAAUUACCCUCCUGUGAAAUCCAUAGUGGGAAGCAGUAUCUUCCUCCCUUAGCGCUAGCUGAGAUUCUUCUCCUUUGCCUUACCAGGACAAGAACUGCUUGGCUGCUUCUAAAAGCAGCUGGGUGCGAGGAACACAAUCUUAGAUUUGAAUUCUUUGCCUUUCAAUGGAGAGAAAGAGAAGUUACCAUUUCAUCUACUUGCAUAAGACAAGGGCUUGACUCCAGUUUCCAGAAGAGUAAGUACAGGGAAGGACUAUGCAUAUAACAUAGGGAAGGUCCUUUAGCUUUCAGCGCAUCUCCACAGGCACAGUUAUGCUGUGGACCCAGUGUGCAUGGCCUGAAACUGGAGGUCCAAACCCCAUUUAUUCACAGACUAGCUCCGGUGUCCCUCAGGCUCACUUUUCAGAGGUGCCAUCCAAUGCAGAAAGAGGAAUGCUCCCUUUCCUUGUAGUAUUUGCUAACUUGAGCGAUAACUUCCAUAGGAUUAGUUGGGAACAGGCUUCUAGGCCAUGACUGCAUAGACCUCAGGGAGCUGGUUGUUCUCCAGUGAUGGCCAUAGCUUUGGGGAAGGAACGUGCAGAAGAAUUUUGAGAAAUCACAACUGGUUUGUAAUUUCAUAUCAGCAUGCACGGCACAUCUCAGCCAGAAGUCAGAUAGGUAGCAAAAGGAAGGAGGUAGCACCUCCUUCAAGAAAGCAAGAGGUUUGCGUUUGCAUGGAGAGUGAUCUAGGCAUCUCCGUCUUUGGAACAGCAGUGGAGAUGAGCUGACUGAUGUGAGUCUGCUUCAGGUUCCAGAUCUGCUUUUAGCUCCAGAUUUGUUUUUUCACCAUUCUGGGAGUCUUAAAAAUGUGUAGGAGGAACUUCAGCAAUAAGGAAGUUAAGAAAUGCUUCACUUGCGAGUUGAAACUGGAAGAAGGGAGCAGAAGGAAUCUAGAAGAAUCUUGUACCCUUUCCCCAAUUCUUACCAAGUAAGGUUGCAUAAAAGGCUCUGCUUGUUGGUCUGUGCACUGAUGAGUCAGAUGGGCUGCCCUUGGUCUGAGUAAUACGGAGACCUUUCCCCUUUUUCCCUGCUCGGCUCCUUGAAACAGUGCACUUUGUCCAAGUCACUGCCUAGGAACUGCAUGGACACAGUGGAUGGAGUAGGCAAUCUGGGUUCUUCAGCUGCUGUUGAAUACUGACUUGAUUAUGGAAGAUUUCUACAAACAAAAGUGCUUGCCAUGUCUCCUCCAUUCCAUGAGUUUUGUGCUAGAGUGCUGCGCAGGCUUCUAGCUUAUCUGCAGUUCAUUUGUGGACAUCUGUUAUUGCUAGAAUUCAGUGAAGUCCUUUUUCCUAGGAACUGCAGCUUCCUGGAAUUAGCUUCAAGCAUGGCUGGAACAAAACUUUUCCUUUGUCUCAUGUAUUGCACAGAAGUGGUAUUUCUGAAGCUGUAUUUCUCUCAUUUGGAGCAAGUGUACUUCUGUGCAGAUUAUGGGACCAAGCAGAGAGGAGACUUCACUUGCUGAUGUAAUACCUCAAUAUUUAUACGGUGCACUGCCUUAUACAACAAACACGGUGAAGACCUGAUCCUAAUGACUCCCAUCUUCCACAGAUGGAUGGGUUUUAGUCAAGCCUAAAGGGAGUAUGCAGUGAGGUGAGGCAACUGAGAAUAGCAGGGGGGAAAUGAAGGAGGGACAGACCUUGUUUUGGACCUAAAGUGUAGUCUUUUAUGUCAUGCAAUAACAUGGUGGCCAGAGAGGUAAAUUCCUUUAUUCCACAAGACACAUGCAACUACUAGCCUGGCAUUCAGGGAGUCAUAUGACGCUAAUGUCCCCUUUCUUCCAAUCUUAAUCCUGGUGUGUCUUUUUCCCUCCAAUAAAUGGGUUCAUAAUGUUUCAGAUUAUGUCAUGUGCACUGUAGCAGAGUGAUUACAUAUCAUGCAAAGAAAUCACAAGCUGUGAUUAUUUUAGAUUUCAUAUUAAUUUCAGCCUAGUUCCAGAGUUGCUCCUUUGAUCUAGCACAUAUAUAAAAUAAUAAAAAAUGUUUUCUUUGAAAUAAAUUUUAACUUCUUGUGUGUACA